UAGCCGAAAAGCUGGGCGGAUGUUGUGAGCCGGUCGCGGAGGCUGAGGCUGGGGGUGAGUGAGAGGCCGCCUGGCUGUGAGCCGGGCUGGUCCGGUGGCUUCCCUCGAGGCCCCGGGCCGAUCCAGUGCGACAGCGCUUGCCGCUGGGGGUGCCGAGGCCUGCGGUGUAGGACUCCCCGCGAGAGCUGGCCUGACAGGUCCUCCGGAGCUUGGGGCCAGGCGGAGGCGACCUGGGGAAGCAUGCGCUGCCCUUGGCGUCCUUGGACACUCAGACCUAGUCGGUUCGGUUCCGAGCCUGAAUCUCUUAGGAGCGGCAAGGGAGCCCCGGGGCAGGCGCAGGUUCCGCCUCUAAAUCCUCUACACCUGAACCCCAGAAUGAGUGUCUGAAAGGCUGGCUUCCCGUUCUUAAUAACUGUCCAGACUGAGGUCUGUGUGGGCCUUUGACUAGCCUGGAGUAGACACACUCUGCAUCUGGCUCAGCCUCUAGGACCACUGGCUGCCCAUGAGUGAUGAAGGAUGGCAUCCAAGGGGGCUGGCAUGUCUUUUCCCCGAAAGAGCUAUAGACUGACUUCAGAUGCUGAGAAGUCCAGGGUCACAGGCAUUGUGCAGGAGAAACUACUGAAUGACUACCUGUACCGUAUCUUUUCCUCUCCUGACCGUGGGCCCCCUGCAGCCACCAGCAGGAAACCCCUGAACUUCCAUAACCUGCCAGAGCACGUGGACCAGCUGCUCCAGGUGGACCGUGAAGACGAGGAGAGCCAGGGACAAGUUGAGGGGCGACUUGGGCCAUCUACCGUGGUCCUAGACCACACAGGAGGCUUUGAGGGGCUUCUCCUCGUGGAUGAUGACCUCCUGGGGGUGAUUGGACACAGCAACUUCGGCACUAUCCGUUCUACCACAUGUGUGUACAAAGGGAAGUGGGUCUACGAGGUGCUCAUUUCCUCCCAGGGUCUCAUGCAGAUCGGCUGGUGCACCAUCAACUGCCGCUUUAACCAGGAGGAAGGGGUGGGAGAUACACAUAACUCUUACGCCUAUGACGGGAACCGGGUGCGCAAAUGGAACGUGACCACAACAAAUUACGGCAAGGCAUGGGCAGCGGGGGACAUCGUGAGCUGCCUCAUUGAUCUGGAUGAUGGUACUCUAUCCUUUUGCCUGAAUGGUGUGUCGCUGGGCACCGCCUUCGAGAACCUGUCCAGGGGCCUAGGAAUGGCCUACUUCCCAGCCAUCAGCCUGUCAUUCAAGGAGUCUGUGGCAUUCAACUUCGGCAGCCGUCCUUUGCGCUACCCAGUUGCGGGCUUCCGGCCUCUGCAGGACCCUCCCUUUGCUGACCUGGUGCGGGCACAGAGAUUGCUGGGCUGUUUUCAGGCAGUGCUGAGUGUGGAACUGGACCCUGUGGAAGGGCGGUUGGUGGAGAAGGAGAGCUCUGAGUGGCAGCUGCAAGGGCAGCCCACUGUCCUGCUUACCCUGGCCCACAUCUUCCAUCACUUCGCACCACUUCUGCGCAAGGUUUACCUCGUGGAGGCUGUGUUCAUGAGCUUCCUGCUGGGGAUCAUGGAGAAGGGCACGCCUGAGCAGGCACAGUCAGUAGUACACCAGAUCUUGGACCUCUUGUGGCUCUUCAUGGAGGACUAUGAGGUACAGGAUUGCCUCAAGCAGUUGAUGAUGUCUCUGCUGCGUCUCUACCGGUUCUCACCGAUUGUCCCAGACCUGGGUCUACAGAUCCACUACCUGCGCCUCACUAUUUCUAUCCUGAGACACGAGAAGUCCCGCAAGUUUCUGCUUAGUAACGUCCUUUUUGACAUGCUCCGGUCAGUGGUCUUCUUUUAUAUUAAGAGUCCCCUGCGUGUGGAGGAGGCUGGCCUGCAGGAACUCAUUCCCACCACCUGGUGGCCCCAUCGCUCCAGCAGGGAGGGCAGAGACAGUAAGGAAGCAGAGGAGGAGACCACUGAGGAGCGGCAAAGGAGAAGAGCCUAUGAGCGAGGCUGCCAAAGACUCAAGAAGCGCAUUGAAGUGGUGGAAGGACUACAGGUCCAGAUCCUGAAGCUGCUGUUGGAUAAUAAGGAUGACAAUGGGGGCGAAGCUUCUAGGUACAUUUUUCUGACAAAAUUCCGGAAGUUUCUGCAGGAGAAUGCCAGUGGCCGGGGGAACAUGCCCACGCUCUGCCCCCCUGAGUACAUGGUCUGCUUCUUACACCGGCUGGUAUCUGCCCUGCGCUUCUAUUGGGACGAAUACAAAGUUUCCAACCCCCGUGCUGCCUUCAGUGAAGAGGCUUAUGUCCCACCACAGAUCUUCUACAAUGGCAAGGUGGAUUACUUUGACCUUCAGCGCCUUGGGGGCCUCCUCUCACACCUUCGAAAGACCCUAAAAGAUGACCUUGCUUCCAAAGCCAAUAUCGUGAUUGACCCCCUGGAGCUCCAGGCAGCUACCAUGGAUGACCUGGAUGAGGAUGAAGAGCCAGCCCCGACGGCGGCCCAGCGUCCCAUGCAAGCCCUGGCCAUGGGAGGGGCACUGCCCCUGCCCCGGCCAGGCUGGCUCAGUUCUCCAACCCUGGGCCGAGCCAACCGCUUCCUCAGCACAGCAGCUGUGAGCCUCAUGACCCCACGGCGACCUCUGAGCACCGUGGAGAAAGUAAAGGUCCGCUCGCUGAACGUGGAACAGAGGACUCGUGAGGACAUUGAGGGCAGCCACUGGAAUGAGGGCCUGCUAUUGGGGAGACCCCCUGAGGAGCCGGAGCAGCCCCUUACGGAGAACUCACUGUUGGAAGUCCUGGAUGGCACUGUCAUGAUGUAUAACCUCAGCGUCCACCAGCAGCUGGGCAAGAUGGUGGGCGUGUCCGAUGAUGUCAAUGAGUAUGCAAUGGCCCUGAGAGACACAGAGGACAAACUCCGCCGCUGCCCCAAGAGGAGAAAGGAUAUCCUUGCAGAGCUGACCAAGAGCCAGAAAGUUUUCUCAGAAAAGCUGGACCACCUGAGCCGCCGGCUUGCCUGGGUCCAUGCCACUGUCUACUCCCAGGAGAAAAUGCUGGAUAUCUACUGGCUGCUGCGUGUCUGCCUACGGACCAUCGAGCAUGGGGAUCGCACAGGAUCUCUUUUUGCCUUCAUGCCUGAGUUCUACUUAAGUGUGGCCAUCAACAGCUACAGUGCUCUCAAGAAUUAUUUUGGCCCUGUGCACAGCAUGGAAGAGCUCCCAGGCUAUGAAGAGACCCUGACCCGCUUGGCUGCCACCCUUGCCAAACACUUUGCUGACCCACGCAUCGUAGGCACUGACAUUCGAGACUCCCUGAUGCAGGCCCUGGCCAGCUACGUGUGCUACCCACACUCCCUGCGGGCUGUGGAACGGAUCCCCGAGGAGCAACGUAUUGCCAUGGUGAGGAACCUUUUGGCACCCUAUGAGCAACGGCCCUGGGCCCAGACCAACUGGAUCCUAGUGCGGCUUUGGAGGGGCUGUGGGUUUGGAUACCGCUAUACACGGCUUCCACAUCUGCUGAAAACCAAGCCAGAGGAUGCCAAUUUACCCAGCCUCCAAAAACCCUGCCCUUCUACCCUGCUGCAGCAGCACAUGGCAGACCUGCUGCGACAAGGGCCUGAUGUAGCACCCAGCUUCCUCAACAGUGUCCUUAACCAGCUCAACUGGGCCUUCUCUGAGUUUAUCGGCAUGAUCCAGGAGAUUCAACAGGCUGCUGAACGCCUGGAGCGAAACUUUGUGGACAGCCGGCAGCUCAAGGUCUGUGCCACCUGCUUUGACCUCUCGGUCAGCUUGUUGCGAGUCUUGGAAAUGACCAUCACAUUGGUGCCUGAGAUAUUCCUUGACUGGUCCCGCCCUACCUCUGAGAUGCUGCUUCGGCGUCUUGCACAGCUGCUGAACCAGGUGCUGAACCGGGUGACAGCUGAGAGGAACCUGUUUGACCGUGUGGUCACCCUACGGCUUCCUGGCCUGGAGAGUGUGGACCACUACCCUAUCCUGGUGGCAGUGACCGGCAUCCUGGUACGCCUCCUGGUGCAUGGUCCAGCCUCAGAGACAGAGCAAGCCACCUCGGUGCUCCUGGCUGAUCCCUGCUUCCAGCUCCGUUCCAUAUGCUAUCUCCUGGGGCAGCCAGAGCCCCUAGCACCUGGCACUACCUUGCCUGCCCCGGACCGGAAACGCUUCUCUCUACAGAGUUAUACAGAUUAUAUCAGUGCGGAGGAGCUGGCCCAGGUGGAACAGAUGCUGGCACACCUGACGGCUGCGUCUGCCCAGGCAGCAGCUGCCUCCCUGCCCACCAGUGAAGAGGACCUCUGCCCAAUCUGCUAUGCCCACCCCAUCUCUGCUGUGUUCCAGCCUUGUGGCCACAAGUCCUGCAAAGCCUGCAUCAACCAGCACCUGAUGAACAACAAGGACUGCUUCUUCUGCAAGGCCACCAUCGUGUCUGUAGAGGACUGGGACAAGGCAGCCACCACAAGUGCCACCUCCUCGGCUGCCUAGGCCAGCCUAAUGCACACAGCUUGCACCGUCCUGGAUCCUCCACCCUCAGACCCAGACCGAGCCCUAUUUAUGAGCUCUUUCGGCUCUGUUUCCCAUCGCCCUCCCUCUUAGACACUUCCAACCAUCUGCCUGUGUGAGCCUCACUGGUGGGAGCCCAGCCACACCCUAGUUAUGCCUGAGCUUGACUUGCAAUCCAGGCUACAGUGAGCAUUAAAUUAUUAUUCCAUACA